AUGUUCACAAGCUUCACGGGAAACACUCGACGGCCCCGCCAGGUCAACCUCAGCGGCCGCAAGACGCACGCGUUCGGCAGCACCGGCUCCGGCAGCGGCUCGCAAGCCGCCCUCGACCGCGCCCAGCAGGACCGCGUCCAGCGGCAGCGCGAGCGGGAGACACAGAAGGCGGCCAGGACCAUACAGCGCGUAUGGCGCGGACAUCGCAGCAGGGACGAGGUUGGCCGCCUGUUGCGGCACGAGUGGGAUGCUGUCGAGGGCCCGAGGGCUGGCUCGACUGAGUCGACGCCCUACCGCUCCGAAGAGGAGGCUCUGUCGCAGCUGCACCGGCUGCUGCGCUUUGCAAGCACGCGGAGCGAAGACGACUUCUCCCGGAUAGACGUCUUCUGUCGGCGGCAGGCCGAAACGGUGCGGUCUCUGGGCAUUGAGGCGCGCGGGGCCUGGCCAUCGGCAUACCUCCAGCUGCAGCGGAUAGUCUUGAGGAUCGUGGACCGCCAGACAAGUAACAGAUCAUCCCGGCAUGGGUUUGGAGACUUUCUGGACAUUACUAGGUUCCUGGCAGAGCAGAUCCCCGCCCAGACAGCUCAGAACGGGCCUCAAUACUUUCACACCUUGGCACAAGCACUUCCCGCAUUGAUGUCGCCCAAGAAUGGGUCGGCGAACCAGACCGAGGCAGCUGCAAACCUAGAAACUAUGCUCCCAGUCAUUAUUGCGCCGCUGAGCACCGUGACUGGAUACACGCUGAACGCAUACGAGGCAUUUGGCUUUGAAUUCCUGACAAUCCGCAUGCUUGGCGCCGACACGAGGACACCAUCCAUCACAAAGUUCCGGGACUCGCUAGCAAACGCCAUCAACUACAAACUAUUAGCAAGCGCUUUAGCGACCUGUCUCAAGGAGAAUGGUCUGCAGUCACGGCCAGAGCUGGCAGAUGUAGACAGCCGCAUACACUUCUUGGGGCUGUUCAUAUACUUCCAUCGCUACGCACACAACUUCCAGUCAUCCGAAGCGUACGCCGUUCACAAAGACUUCGUCACCGUGGUUUCCCUGCUCCUGAAUUCCUUACCGACCAACACCAUUGAAGGAUCGCCCUCGGAUGACGAGAAGUCGGGCCUGGAAGAGGUGGCUGUGAAUGACUUUUUGAGGGAACAAAUACUAUCGCUGGUGAACCAGGAAGGCAUCGGCAACCUACUAUCGGAAUCCUCCAAAUCACCCGAUGCGAGUGAGGAUGAGAAGGUAGAGGAGGCGCGCCAGUUGGCCAACUACGCACUCGCUCUCCUCCGCUUCUUCCCGCGAAGAGGUGAUGAGAUUCGCAUGUGGUUGUACAUUGGUCCGUCAAACGUGCAGUCCGGGAAGGGCAGGAAACUCCCCGCCAUCAAGUAUUUCUGGCAAGCGUCGAAACGAUCCUCCGUUUUCAACACGAUUACACGUGACUCAAGAGCUGCUGUGGAUCUAUUGCGACCGAAGGCAACUCAAUCAAACGGUGAUGCCCUAGCCGCAAACUCGUUUUGGCAAGCUCCUAGACAAGAGGUCGAUCUUGCUGCUGUGAGAGCCGAUGAGUGGCGAGUUAUACUGGUCUUCCUGGAGCUUUAUACCUUUGUCCUGAAAGUCACCGACGAUGAAGAGUUCUUUUCAGGGGGGUCCUUACCCUUGGUAGAUGUGAAAGACUUGACGACCUUCUUGAAGAACCUUGGUUUCACUUUGUACUUCAACGCGUCCGACAUCAACGAGUCUGAUGAGCGAGACACAUCUAGCAGUGGCAUAAGCUUCUUCAAUAUCCAAGCUGCCGAAGUUCAGCAACAAAAGCAAGCUGGGGAGCCCUCAUUAGGAGGCGUUGCGGGCUUGACACUCGACUACGUGAAGGGCCUCGUCACCGGUCUAGUCCGCAUGGUAUACGAGCGCGACUCCCGCCGGAAAUUCUUGCCCGACGACCACUGGCUGAUGACCUCAAGAUUCGACAUGACCGGCUUCAUCCCGGCCGUGGUUGAGGAGGAAGAGAGCCGGCACAGGAUACAAGAAGAAGACAUGGAGGAUAUGGAUGACCACGAGGACGACUUUGACGACACACCACAGCUCAUUGGUACAGGUAGAACACAACAGCAGCGGAGGUUAGAGAGACUUCAACGUCAGCAGCGUAAAGCGUCGCGCAGAAGGUAUCUGCAGGCUGUUGCGCCGCGUCUUGAGAUCUUGCAGAAUAUGCCCUUCUUUAUACCCUUCACCACCCGUGUGCAAAUUUUCCGCGAAUUCGUCACUCUCGACAUGACGAAGCGAAGAGGCAGCUCAGACCCCGAAUCGUGGCGGUUACGCGUCAUGCAGCGACCCGACGCACCACACCAGUUCGAUAAGCAUGCCGCACGUGUCCGUCGUGGUGCAGAAUUCGAUGACGCUUUCGCCCAGUUCUACGACCUUGGCGAAGGCCUAAAAGAGCCUAUCCAAAUCACAUUCGUGGACCAGUUCGAUCAGGCAGAAGCUGGUAUCGAUGGCGGAGGUGUCACGAAGGAGUUCCUUACCAGUGUCACAAACACAGCGUUCACGCCCACCGAGGAUAACAUCGACAUGUUCAUCGAGAACAAUCAGCACCUGCUGUAUCCGAACCCAUCGGCCAUAGAAGAGCUCAAAGAGGCCUUGAGGUCAAAAGCUGGAUUAUCCGAUGGCAGUGCAGAGUUCCGACAACAGGUGUCCGAGUCCCUUCAGCGUUAUGAGUUUUUGGGACGCAUCAUUGGCAAGUGCAUGUACGAGGGCAUCCUCGUGGACGUCAAUUUUGCACCGUUCUUCUUGCGCAAGUGGGCAUUGACGGGCGGCACGGGCUCUGCGCCGAAUGAGACGGGCUACCGUCCGACUCUGAACGACAUCCGAGACCUAGACGAAGAGCUUUAUCAAGGCCUGCACAAGCUUAAAACCUAUGAUGGCGACGUCGAGGACUUUGGCCUCAACUUCACCAUCACCGACACCGUCGUCACCGACCACGCCACCAAGAAAACCAAAGCUGUCACCAAAGAGCUCCGCCCCGACGGCGCCAACACGCCCGUCACCAACCAAAACCGCCUCGUCUACAUCUCCUACGUCGCGCGGCACCGCCUCCAGAAUCAGCCGUACCUCCAAACUUCUGCUUUCCUCCGCGGCCUAUCCGCCAUGAUCCAGCCCUCCUGGCUCUCCAUGUUCAACGCACCCGAACUACAGACCCUCAUCGGCGGUACCUCGUCCUCGAUCGACAUCGACGACUUGCGCCGCAACACCAUGUAUGGCGGGACGUACGUUAUUGGGGACGACGGGCUAGAGCACCCAACCGUCCAGCUGUUCUGGAAGACGAUGAAGGAUCUCAGUGACGGGGAGCGCCGGGCGGUCUUGAAGUUUGUGACGAGCACGCCAAGGGCGCCGCUGCUGGGGUUCAAGACACUGAAUCCGAGGUUUAGCAUCAGGGAUGCGGGGAGCGAUCAGGAGCGCUUGCCGAGCACGAGUACGUGUGUUAAUUUGUUGAAGCUGCCGAUGUAUAGGGAUGAGGGGGUGCUGCGGGAGAAGCUGCUAUAUAGUGUGUUCAGUGGGGCGGGUUUCGACUUGAGUUGA